AUGUCGAUCAAGGAAACGUUUCCUCGGCCGGAAGAUGGCCACUACCGGUGGCCCGGCCUCCGAGAGAACUUCGACAGGGAUCUACAGGCGAUGAACUGCUUGCGCGUGAUUUCAGACAGCAUGUCCGCCUGCGAACUAUCAAACAUCGACUACGCCUCGGGGUCCUGGGGUUACACUGUGCUUCGCACGACAUACUCCGAUGAAUCCAACAGACUAUGGCCGGUGGCGAUGGACAAGCUGAAGCGUUGGGUGACGGAGUACUUUGUGCACUUGAACCGGCUGGUUACGAACAAGCUCGACGGGACUUUGAAUGACGAGGUUGCCCGUCGUUUCGAGCUCGAAGUGGUCGAGACGGAUGAGUUGAGAGGACACGAGCUCUCAAGCAAAGAGCACGUCGAGUCGCUUGUUCGCAUCUUCGAAAUAUGGCGGCACCGCGCUACAGGGUCGACCGACUUCGAUACUCGGGAUGACCCCCGGUUUUGCGAUUUCCUGGUUAUCGACGAGGACGCCCUCCGCUCCCUCGCGGCUCUGCCUGACGAGACGCCGCACUUGGGGCCCGUGUCCCGGGCAGAUAGACGUGCCCGGAUCGGUUCCUACAUCGACUCAUACGUCUGGCUCGUGGACUCGCGCGCCGUGAACCGCUAUCAGGGCGUCGAGGACGGCGACAACUAUGACGGGUGGAUGAGGUUGUGCUCCGAGGACAUUUAUCACGCUUGGUUUGAGAAGGCUGGGAGAAGUGCGAGCGACUACUGGACCUUUGAACGGCGUGAGAUCCCGGAGGGAUCAGGGAUCAAGUGGUAUCAAGCGCGCUGA